AAAAUACGAGCAAUCUCACAUUUUUACAGAUAGUCAUAAGUAACUUCGAUAAAAAGAUUUCUUGACCAAAACAAUAUGAAUGCAUUAGAAGUGUGUAGAUAAUAUUUUAAAGGUAUCGAAGUUUGUUAAACUACAUAUUUUAAAACAAUUUUAUGCCUAAACUUUGAAAAUGGGUACCGCAACGAGGGAAAAAUGAAUUUUACUAAACAGAUUUAGUAAUUGCCCACCAGAGUUUUCAAGAUGCAGAUAAUUAGAAAUUUCAUUUUUGUCUGUUCUUUUAUGGGAUUACGUAUAGCUGAAGAGCGAAAGAGACCUCACAUUGUUUUCAUGAUAGUUGAUGACUUGGGAUGGAAUGAUGUAAGCUUCCAUGGUUCUAUACAAAUCCCAACUCCGAACAUUGAUGUCAUUGCUAGAGAUGGAAUAAUUCUGAAUAACUAUUAUACCAUCCACAUGUGUUCACCAUCCAGGGGAGCAUUAAUGACUGGAAAAUAUCCCAUUCGUAUAGGAUUUCAACAUCGAGUGAUAGUUGCGGAUGCUCCUUGGGGUUUGCCUUUACAAGAAAAGAUUUUACCGCAGUACCUUAAAUCAAUUGGUUAUUCCACUAGGGCUGUAGGCAAGUGGCAUCUAGGAUUUUUUAAUGAGGAAUAUCUUCCUUUGAACAGAGGAUUUGAUUCAUUUUUUGGAUAUUACUCAGGUGUAGAAGAUUAUUACACACAUUUCGCUACAUCACUGAGCAACCUCACUGGAUUAGAUCUUCAUGACAAUUUCGAAAAUGCUUGGUCUUACGAGGGUGUUUAUGGAACAGAAUUAUACACAGAGAAGGCGAAAGAUGUUAUCUUGAACCACAAUACCUCUGAGCCAUUGUUUCUCUAUUUUUCACAACAAGCUCCACACAGUGGAAACUUUAACAAUGCCCUUCAAGUACCCGAUAAAUACGUAGAGCCUUUAGAAGGUAUAGAAGAUGAAGAAAGAAGAAAAUUUGCCGGUAUGGUGUCUGCCAUGGACUACUCAGUUGGAGAAAUCUUUGAGGCUUUAGAGGAAGCUUCUAUGCUGGAUGAUACCUUAUUUAUUUUCACAACUGACAAUGGUGGAGCAGUUGAAGGAGCAGAUUCUACGCGGGGCUCUAAUUUUCCACUCAGAGGAAGUAAGUACACUCUAUGGGAAGGAGGUGUGAGAGGAGUUGCCUUCAUGUGGAGUCAACAGCUACGUCAACACAGCAGAGUUUACAAUGAUUUGAUGUUUCUUACUGACUGGUUACCAACAUUGCUCUCAGCAGCAGAUAGUGCUGACGUAGCACAAGAUAUAGAUGGAUACAGCGUAUGGUCUUCUCUACUGAGCAAUUCAUCAUCACAAAGAAACGAAAUAUUAUUGAACAUAGAUAGGCUCUCCCAUGUUGAAGGUAUUCGAUGGAAAAAUUACAAACUCGUCAACGGAAGCUACUUUGAUGGGUUUUUUGAUGGGUGGUACGAUGAGAAUGGUACUUUGUUCAACGAAUCACGAUCGCCUGCUCAAAGCCUCGAAGUCUAUAGGAAAACAUAUUUAGAACUGUUAGAACAAUCAAAAGCAGCAAGAAUUCUUCAAGACAAAUAUAACAAGACUCCUUGUUCACCGAUUUCUGAGGACCUGACUUCUUGUCCCAGAAUACCAUUCGCAGUAUGUGAUGAAUCACCGCCUUCACCACAAGAUAGAUGUGAUCCGAACCUCGGAGCUUGUCUUUUUGAUAUUGAAAAAGAUCCUUGCGAAUUUCAUAACAUUGCUGAGCUUCACCCUGAAAUUGUAGAAAAACUUGCUACCCAGAUUCGUAAGUACGAUGCUGUAGAAGUACCACCUCUAUAUGUACCACUAGAUCCAGCUGCUGAUCCAAAACUGCAUGGAAUGGCAUGGGUACCAUGGAGAUGAAAAUGUAAAUCAGCAAUUUUUGGAAUGCAGUAAAAUGUAUUCGAAGGAAGUAGAGUUUGCUCGAUGUUGGUAGUAAAUCAAUUUUUUCAAUGUCUCUGUAAACGUUACGGAACUUGCUUGCAAUAUCAAAAUGCCCGUUUGUAUACUGAACUUGUUUAUUUGAAGCAGAUAAUGAAGAGCUGUUAUUAAAAAAUUUGAGUGUAUAAAGUACAAAAUCAGUGAGCAGAAUUGAAGAAGAAAAACUGUAGCAAUAUUAUCUCAUAUAAAUCCUAAAUAACACUGGGGAUCAAAUUUUUUGUUGCAUUUAUACAAAUACUUUAUCUUGUCUAAUACGUAUCUGGGGAUUUCAAAUCUAACAUUAGUUUUGCUCUUAAAGCUUGAGACACUUUUAAAUGACAUUUUCAGUCUAUUUUCCGUCAAAAUGUACAAGUUUAAAAAUGUUAUAUAUAACAUCAUCAGAAUUAAACUAACAUAAAACCCAUACACGAAAAUGGCAUCGUAAGGGGCUAGAGGCGCUAUGACCUGUUCAGGAAUACACAAAGAAACAGUUCGUUAUAGGGAGGCAUACCCCUAGCGGCUUAUUACAACAUGGGUUCCUAUGCAAUUUUAAUCCUGAUGAUGUGCCCUAAAUCCUUCAGAAGGUUGUCGCAACAUUUAAGUUGCAUAUAACGUGUAUAUAUAAUGUUAUUAAUAUGUUGCGUUUAUAUGUAACGUUUUAAAACUUGUACAUUUAAACAAAAAUAGACUGAACAUGUCAUUAAAAAACUGUAGCAUGGAAAAAGAAAUGGAUGGCAAAUUUAAAAUCAGUGACCUGGAAAUAUUUAAGAUCUAUUAAAAAAUAUUAUGCAACAGAAAACAGAAAAGGAAAAAAAAAUGUUGUCUAGUGUUAACGAGAUAAGUGCAAUACGUCUAUUGGUUUCGAAGAAUUAGGUGCAGUUUUCUACCUUUAUAACAAAUUGCUUUUUACCAUUAUUACCAUAAAGUUUUUAUGCAUUAUUGCACAAAGGUUUCGAUAACAUUUUUGUUUCUGCAAAAAGAGGUUAUUAUUAUUUGUAAGAAUUGCUAUUUUUUGCAAGUUGUAAUUGUUAAU